AUGCUCCCAAUAUUCCUUGCGUUGCCAGUGCUAGUGGCUGCCAUCCCGGCGUCAACCAUUCCACGUGCGGAACGUGAGAAUAACGACCCAAUCAGUCACUGGGCUCCUCUUCAUGAUGUUGAACCGCUCCACGCUAUCCCGAACAGCUAUAUCGUCACCUUCAAGGAGGAAACAUCCUUAGAGGCUAUCGAUGCUCACACUUCGUUUAUUCACUCUGCAUCGCUUCAAUCAGGCUCGCAGCAUGAGGGCGUAAAGCACAUAUAUAUGCCGAUAAUCAAGGGCUACUCUGGUCACUUCGAUGAGCAGACACUGAAUUUGAUUAGGAGCAGCCCAGAGGUUGAGUAUGUUGAGCGCGAUCAGACCGUCUGGGCUAGCAGCAUUCAGAAAGGCGCACCUUGGGGCUUAGCGAGGAUCAGCCAUCGCAAACGUCUCACGCUCAGCACAUUCCAGAAGUAUGAAUAUGCAGGGCAUGGUGGUCUGGGCGUUGAUGUCUAUGUAAUCGAUACUGGUAUUAAUAUCCAUCACAAGAGCUUUGAAGGGCGAGCUAAAUGGGGCUACACUGUCCCCAAAAAUGAUGUUGAUGAGGAUGGUAAUGGUCACGGAACUCAUUGUGCUGGAACUAUUGGUUCGAAGGAUUAUGGUGUCGCCAAAGGCGCUCAUGUUAUUGCCGUAAAAGUUCUUGGCUCCAAUGGAUCUGGCAGCAUGAGUGAUGUGAUUGAAGGUGUCCGGUGGGCCGCAACUUCCGCUGUUAACAAGGCCAAGGCUGAGCGCGCCAAUGAACUCAGGACUGGAAGGAAGUCUGCCUUCAAGGGUAGUGUUGCUAACCUGUCUCUUGGUGGUGGGAAGUCUCCCAGUCUUGACCGUGCCAUCAACACCGCUGUCAGCCGGGGUCUCCAUGUCGCCGUUGCUGCUGGAAACGAUAACAAGGAUGCUUGCAAUUACUCCCCUGCCGGCGCUGAGCUUGCUGUUACUGUUGGUGCUAGCACACUGCAAGAUGGUCGUGCCUACUUUUCCAACUGGGGCAAGUGUGUUGACGUCUUUGCUCCUGGCCUGAACAUCAAAAGCACUUGGAACACUGGCCCUACCGCUGUCAACACAAUCAGUGGAACUUCUAUGGCAUCCCCUCAUGUUGCUGGUCUCAUUGCGUACCUGCUCUCAAUUUACCCACAUGAGACGUUCGAUCCUUCUUUCCUUGCCCCCACCUUCAUCCCUAAAUUUUCCUUCUCCGAACCCCCCGCUAAUCCAACCUGGAACACCAUACUUUCCGUUGUUCGCUUCUUCGUCCCAUCCUACUUCCAACACUCUGUCCCUGCAGUUGAAGAGGAUCCCUUCGCCCCAAUUCCUUCGAAGAUUACCCCUGCCCAGUUGAAGGAGGCUAUUAUUAAACUGGCCACCCGCGGCAUUCUUUCGGAUCCUGGCGAGGGCUCGCCUAAUUUGCUCGUCUUCAACAAUUUCACCGACCCUUCGCUACUCUUCCAAUAA